AUGCCUUUCCCUGACCCCUUACUAGACAGUUACAACUGUCCGGCCCUUUUACGAAACAAUAUGCACACAGAGCACGUCCUCAAGAGCGAGUCCCAGGAGCUCAAGUUCCCACCUUACACGAGCAACUCUGCUGGUCAAAUCAUUGUGGGCCGUGGCGAGGUCUUUUGCCGUGUGCCGAGCUAUCAACAAUACAAUGUCAGUGCAUACACCAACUCCGAGUUGAACCCUAUCUCUGCCACCGUUAUUCGUCAACACUUCAUAAGCCAUGGAGUUCAAGUCGCCACGGAUGCCUCACAAUUGAAACAGGCCCAGGAAGAUGCUGCUGUUCAGUGGUACAAGUCUGCGCAAGAGGUUGAAGAGAACGACUAUGAUGAGGAUGAAGAGGAGGAUGAGGAGGACGAUGAGCACAAUGAUGAGGAUAAGCAUGAUGAAGACUACGAAGAUGAUGGGGACGAGGAGGAUGAUGACGAUGAGGACUAA